AUGCCCGCUGAAGUCCUGCUCUUUGUCGCAAACUUCAAGCGACUCGAGACUGUCAAAUACAACUUGCGCGCCGAACUAAAGCAAUCGACACAACACUUUGCAAGAAACGCCGGUGGUAACAACCUGCGCAAGAACUACUGUUGCGUUCGACACGACGCGUAA